AUGUAAUUCCGAAUUAUAUACUAAAUUUUCUGAAAUUCAAUAAUUAAAAGAUAUGUUAUUGUUUCUACAUCUCUUUUGCUUACAUUAAUAUCGUCCAAAUCAAAGCUUUGAAGCAAUCAGACUUAACAUGCGCAGAACGUACGAAAACUCGUAUGACAGAUAUGAUCUCUCGUUGAACAAAUAAUAGAAAAAUAGAUUAAUAUGACGUAUAUUGAUAAGUAUUGUUGAUUUACAUAUGAAAAUGGUUGAAAUAGGAGUAAAUUUAAAAGCAGUUCGUGAUAAAAUUCUUGCUGCUUGUGCUAAGAGACCUAGAGAGUAUAACUACUUUGAGCCACGUUUAGUAGCUGUGAGUAAAUUAAAACCACCUGAAUUAAUCAUACAAGCUUAUGAAGGUGGUCUAAAACAUUUUGGAGAAAACUAUGUGAAUGAAUUAGUAGAAAAGGCAAAUAAUCCAAACAUUUUAGAAAAAUGUAAAGAGAUACGUUGGCACUUUAUUGGUCAUUUGCAGCGCAAUAAAGUAAACAGGGUUUUAAGUAUUCCAAAUUUAUAUAUUAUAGAAACUGUAGAUAAUGAAAAACUUGCAGCUACAUUACAUAACUCUUGGCCUAAAUUUAGAAAAGUCGAAGAAGAAAAAUUAAAAGUAAUGAUACAAAUUAAUACCAGCAAAGAAGAAGAAAAAAGUGGCUGUGCAGUUGAAAAUGUUUGUUCCUUUGUAAAGUAUGUUAUUGAUCAUUGUCAGAAUCUAGAAUUUGUGGGACUUAUGACAAUAGGAAUGUUUGGAUAUGACCUUACAAAAGGCCCAAAUCCUGAUUUUUUGUGUUUAAAAGAAUGUAGAAACGAAGUUUCUAAGGAAUUAAAUAUUGAUCCAACAAAAAUAGAGCUAUCAAUGGGAAUGUCAAAUGAUUUUGAGCAUGCGAUUGAGCAAGGCAGUACAAAUGUUAGAGUGGGUAGUGCUAUUUUUGGAGAAAGACCAAAAAAGGAGACUUAGAAACAAUAUAUGUAUAUUAUCCUUUGUACAAUAUUAUUACAAAUAUGUUUUGUAUAUAUAAAAAGAGGAAACUUAACGAAGAAUAUCUUUCGCGUAGUUCCUGGUGGUACUCGGCACUUUACUUACCAUGUCUACAGUUGGUUUGUAAGAGGAUGGUGCGAGAUGGUCACAACGAACCAACUGUCGGAAUCAUAGAGGUGAACUUGGCUAAGUAACUUUGGUGGAUCUCCCCCACUACAUUUCUGGUGCUUGAGCAGGGGUGCCUUGCCCGGGUAUAACGCCAACGCCUAUCUGACCAUAUUUAGUGCGAGCCAUCUCAAAAUAGCAACCCUUUCGAUGUUUCGACUAAAACAGUUAGCUGAGGAUUGUGCGAACAACGAGAACUUCUUACAGACCCCUUUAUGUAGCUGAAAUUUGCUUUACAGAAUGAAAAUUUAAGUCAAGGAUAGGUACCACGGAAGAAGAAAGAUGAUUACAGUGGUCUUGGGUGUUGCGCCUCCACUGGUGUCAUAUGCACCCCGCCUAACAAGGAAGUUAGUUUCUUCAUCGGUUUUCUUCCGUUACCACAUUUAUAGUUCUUCGAAGUUUAAACAUAAUGUGAAUUAUAUUAUCGUAGUAUAUUCAGAUAAUCCUUGAGUCGGGUGAGUUGUGACCCAGACCCACGAAAUUUAAGUUGCAUAAUUAUGCAACAGCAUUGUGACUCAUGUUAUAUAGUGUAAAAUUUAGAAAAUGAAUAUAACAUGGAAUGUAAAAUUAAAUUUGGAUAGUGAUAGUUUCGGUUGUCUGAAGAUUAAUAAUUUAGAAUCGCUUCUUUGUCUUUACAUUUGGAAAAUCAUUAAAUGUAUUUUGAAAAAAUUAAAAAUCAUACAAUACUCGUGAUUUUUAUAUGAAUCUGUAAUACGAUGUUUAUAAAUUUUAACUUGAAUAAAAUACGUAAUGUGUUAGGUGUGAUAA